AUGUUACAGCGUUUACGUCAUGCUGUCGGCUGGGGCUUACCAGCUCCUCCAAGUGGUACACGAAUUGAUUUUCAAGUCUAUGCAACAUUAGGACAUGGUCAAACACUAUGGCUUGUAGGUGAUUUACCAGUUCUUGGUGGAUCAAUUGAUGUCGUACCUAAUCCAGGUAAUCCGGGGACGGAAAAUGGGUUACAAUUGGUUACAACGCCUGAUUUAUACCCAAUUUGGUAUAAUUUAGAACCAGUUGUUGCACCAAAUGGAUCUAUUGUGCAUUAUCGCUAUGCUGUCUGUUCUGGAAGUCGUUUCUUACGAUAUGAAGGUGAAACCAUUGAAUCUGGACGGAUUACAAGAGAACUUGUAGUAGAUCAAAGUUAUAUACAGAAACAAGAUACAUUGGAUGGAUGGCCACGACAUUGUUUAAUGGAAAAGAAGGAUACGACUGAUCCUGAUGAUACUACUGAUCAGACUGAUGAGGAUCAGAAUGAUGACAUGGAAGGAGAGAAAAAGACAAUCGGGACAAGUAGAAAUGCAACAAAUGCAACAGUAAAUCGAGCAAGUUAUAGUCAUGAAGAUAUGAAUGAAGAUGAAAAAACAAUGACGUCAUCAUCACCUGCAUUUUGGGGUAUUAUUCCAAGACUUAGUUCAGGACAAGCAUUUGUAGAUCGACGUGCAAGUGGAAGUGAAGAUGGAAGUGGAAGUGUUAAUGUCAUGAAACACCGUAGUAGCACUAAUCGACUACUACCAGGAUCUAGUCGAUUAGUGACAGAUGCUAUUGCAGAAGAGAAUGAACAGAAAGAGAACAUAAUGCUAAAGCAUGGAGCAGCACGAGUACAAAUUGGAGAAGAUCUAUCGAGUCCUGUUGCAAGGUUACAUACGGUCUCGAAGGAUAUGCCGAAAUUAAAUAUAACUUCCUCGUCUCCAAAAGCAACAAGUGUGAACGUAGCGAUGGAGGCUACAGAUGGAGUUAUUAUCGCCGUUCAUAGACUGCCAGUUCUUGUGCAUAGAACCCCAGAAGGUCGGUACCACAUUGAAUGGGAAGAUGAUAACCUUAUUUGUCCCUCUGGACUACUUAUAGACUCGUAUUGUGAGGCAAACUGGGACCGUGUUAGCUCGAUGAGACUCACAUGGGUCGGAACGGUCCAUUGCGCAGAUCCGAUUCCAAAAGAAGACGAAGAACGGCUGGCAAAACAGCUUGAGGACUUUCAUUGUAUCCCCGUCUUUCUGGCCGAACCGCUGCGAUUAACGUUCCACAACUUUUGUUAUGGCACGCUUUGGCCUGUGUUUCACAAUAUUGUGGAUAUAUACGGUGCAUUACCUACUCGCUGGUGGAAUCCUGGCCAGCAGCGCAACGCAUGGGCCAGCUACAAAACAGUCAACCGUAUUUUCGUGAACAAGGUUAUUGAGGUGUACAACGAGGGUGAUCUGGUAUGGGUCCAUGGACUUCAUUUACUAGUUGCACCAAGUUUUUUAACGCGACGGCUACCCUGCGUCAAUGUCGGCAUCUUUUUGCAUACGCCUUUUCCAAGUUCGGAGAUCUUUCGAACACUUUCAGUGCGAGCUGACCUGCUACGUGGUGUGCUAGCUGCAGAUCACAUUGGUUUCCACUUGUACGAGCAUGCACGUCAUUUCCUGACAAGCUGUCGUCGUAUAUUGGGGCUCAAGUAUAGUGCACAGCCUGGCGGUUAUAUUGGAGUUGAAUACAAUGGCCGCAUGGUCAUGCUGACCAUAAGCCAUAUUGGUAUCGAGCCUUCAUUUAUGGACCGGAUUAACUCAAAAAAGCAGGUCGAAGAGGAUGGAGUAGUACUUGCGGAAAAAUACGAGAGUAGCAAGCGUACGGUGUUUGUAAGCGUGGACCGUGUGGAGAGACUGAAGGGCAUUUUACUUAAACUUAGUGCCAUUGAGCAUUUUCUUGCUCAGCACCCGCAGUACGUCGAUAAGGUGCAGUUCGUGCAGAUUGGUAUUUGGGACAGUUCGAAUUCGACCCCAGAGAAGGAUAGUGUUCGUGCUGAGAUCCUUGCACACACGAAACGUAUUAACGACCGUUUUGGCUUGCUGCGCAAAGAACCAAUUUUUGCAUACUUGGAGGUGGAAAACACUGACAUGGCAUCUAGGCUACCGCUUUGGCGUGUCGGUCAUGUAUUGCUUACCACCUCAGUACGUGACGCCGUUAACCUUUACCCGUUCGAGUUUAUCUACGCACACGAGUUGGCCAAGAUGCCUGGCAUAGUGAUUGUGUCUGAGUUCUCCGGCAGCAGUCGUGUGUUAACGGGCAGCAUUGGAGUGAACCCGUGGAAGCGGGAGGAGAUUAUUCGGGCGAUGGAGUUGGCGUUAUCCAUGUCGGACGAGGAGCGGACUGCGCGUCACCGUAAGGAUCUGGAAUAUAUUAUUACGAAUUCGCGUACUAAAUGGGCCGAGCGUAUUCUCGUCGAUUUAAAACGCACGAAGAAGCAGACCGCAGAGGGUGAAUACAUAGGUUACGGCCUUGGGCUGGGCUUUCGAAUGCUCGAGUUCAACGCUGGCUUCAAGAUGCUUGAAACUGACGUCGUAGCCAAGGCUUAUCGGGAAACAUUCCGCCGCGUGAUUUUUUUUGAUUACGGCAACACGCUUACAUUGGAGGAGCCUGCUGGUACGCACAACUUUUCCAAGUAUAUCACGGGCAGUGAGCAAAACGCUUUCGUGUCAAAAUCAGAAACUCCUAAGGCAUCGCCUGACCUCCUUGCGUCCUUGACCCUGCUGUGUGCUGACCCACGUAACACAGUAUUUGUGCUGAGUGGCAAGGAACGUAUGGAUCUAGAAAAGACAUUAGGGUCAGUGCGUGGUUUGGGGCUUGCUGCUGAGCAUGGCUACCUAUACAAGUGGGGAGCAGGUAUGAAUAGUAGCACGACAAGUAAUGUAAUAAUACCGUCAGGUCGAAGUAGCUUGAACGGUAUGGGGAGUGAAGGAGAGGAAAGCGUGUGGCUAUGCACGAAAGACAACUUUGACGACUCGUGGAAGGAUGUGACGCACGCCGUCAUGGAUAUUUAUACGCAACGCACGCACGGCACGUACAUUGAGCUAAAGGGCAGUGCGCUGCUGUGGCAGUAUCGUGAUGCCGACCCGGAAUUUGGCCAGCUGCAAGCUAAGGAGUUACAUGAUCAGCUUCUGCAAGUGUUGGAACACUUUCAUGUGGAGGUCGUAACAGGCACAGACUAUCUUGAAGUACGUCCGGAAGGUGUCGACAAGGGUGUGAUUGUGGAUCGUGUCAUGUCGACGAUUGAGUCGACCAGUGGCCAGUAUGUGGAUUUCAUUUUGUGUGUAGGCGAUGACUUGUCGGAUGAGUUCAUGUUCCAGUACCUUGAAGAUGUACGCAGCCGGCCGAAUAUGUUUACGGUGACUGUAGGCAAAAAGCCUAGCGCAGCCAAAUAUUUCGUGGACGAUGUGGAUCAAGUCAUGGAGAUUGUGCAUGCCAUGACCAAGGUAUCUACAGCUGCCAAGCGUAACUUUUCCAUGAACGACUUGCGACUUUUUGAUCGUAAUGUUACCACGAGCGGAGGACUUCCAUUAUUUCAGCGAAACGAGGCAGGAUCGAACCGACCGUCGGUCACUUUGGUUGAUAUGAGCGAGGGCAGUUUUGGAAGCACGAAGUCGUCGCCGUUUGAAAAUUUAGUAGAGGGCGACAAGGUGAUUACAUCAGAAGGAAACCCGCAGUUGAACACAGCGAAUUCUUUGGCAGGUCAUGGCAUUGCUGGUAGAAGUUCGGGUGGCAUGGGAGGUGUGCGCAACUCAAUGUCCAUGAGCUCGUUGUCGUCGACACGGAUGCCCUCGCUACAUCCUACGUCUUCCACCUAUGAGCAGUACCUCAGUAACGUUGACGAGACAGCAGAAGAAGAGGAAGGUGGCAUUUUCUUCUAA